AUGAUGACGGUUGUUAGCGGAGUGAGCAUUUCGCAAGACAACUCGAGCCAGCUGAGCUGGCUGGAACGACAGCAGGCCAAGCUGCGGGAGCGGCGAACCGAACGGAGCGCCUUGCUGGCCGCGGAGGCCUCUCGCAGGGAGACCGGCUACAGCUCCGACCAGGCCGGGGACUACAGCGUGCCGCUCCACAUCAACACCAGCAAGGGGGCCGGCUCCGCCCCCGUCAGCCCGCACCUCCCGCAGCGCACCUCCUCGGUCAGGAUGGCCAGGGCCCGCUCCGCCGACCGCGCCAGGAGGGAAGCGAGUCCAACUGGUACCUCCGAUGUGGAUAGCGGGCUGCUGAGCCUCGCAGAGAACGGAGCCACAAGCAGCCUGGCUGGAGAUGAGCCUAGCACCACUAGCUCUACCGAACCAACUGUUGAACAAUGGCCUACUCCCAAUGACAUACAGCUACGGGAUGAAGGUUACACAGCUUCAGAAGCUAGCCCUAGCACUUCUCCACGUCCGCAAACCCCUGCUUUUCCAGUACAUCCUCGAACUCCAUACUCCAAUGGUGGAACACCUAAUGGUGGUUUUGACCUAGCUUCACUUCCGCCAAAAUCACCUACUUCUAUAAGGAAAGAAUGGGGUGAAGGCACGCUGAGCAGAGAACUCUCGAUGAAUAGUUCAAGAGGCUACGACAGUUCUUCGGAGCAGUACAGUCCAAAGAGCCCGGUGACGAAUGGUAGUCUAGGCCAGUAUGGAGGUUCACCUUAUUAUGGGAGCGGUAGACGAGGCUCAUUACGAUCAGAAUCACCCCAGGAAGUCAGCCCAGCUCAUGUAAAAUUUGUUAGAGGGACCAGCAAAUUUUGGUACAAGCCUAACAUAUCACGAGAAGAAGCUAUUGGAAUGCUGAGGGACAAGGCUCCAGGAACAUUUGUUGUUCGUGAUUCAAAUUCAUUCCCUGGGGCAUUUGGCUUAGCUCUGAAAGUAGCAUCACCACCAGCAGCAACUAGAUCCCCACCGACGCCUGAAGACCUUGUUAGGCAUUUCCUUAUUGAGCCCACGUCUCGAGGUGUAAGGUUCAGAGGAUGUCCUAAUGAACCAGUUUUUAGUUCCCUGUCAGCUCUGGUAUAUCAGCAUACUGUGACUUCUUUAGCUUUACCUUGUCUAUUAGUACUUCCAGACUCAGAUCCAGCUGCUCCCAGGGUCACCACAUCAGCUCAAAUUUUACAGACACAAGGAGCAGCAUGCAGUGUGCUUUAUCUACUCACAGUUGAAACAGAAUCCCUGACUGGGCCUCGAGCCGUAUCUCGCUCAGUUGGGAGGUUAUUUUCUUCUUCACCUCUACCCAAGGCCGUUGAAGUUAAUUUCAAAGUUUCAUCCCAAGGAAUCACCUUAACAGAUCAUGGAAGAGUGUUGUUCUUUAGGCGGCAUUAUCCUAUGGCAACAAUCACUUACUGUGGCCUUGAUCCAGAAGACAGGCGGUGGCGACAUUCAGAUGAUAAACCAACUUUGCAUUGCUUUGGUUUUGUAGCAAGAAAACCAGGGUCAAAAGCUGAUAAUGAGUGCCAUAUAUUCUGUGAACUAGAAGCUGAACAGCCUGCUACUGCCAUUGUAAACUUUGUUGCCAAGCUCAUGCUCUCCAGUCAAAACAAAAGCAACAUUGUUUAAAUUGCUAGAUAUAUAUAUAUAUAUUCAUACCUCAAAUGGUCAAAUCAUUAAUAGCAUAUUUAUGUAUCUGUUUUUUUUUUCUCUUUCUAUCCAUAUGUUGUAAAAGGAAAAGUAAAUAAAUUAAUUUUGGUCAUUGUUCACACAAGUGAGCUUAAAAAGUAAGGUACAACUUCGAAACGAAUCGAUCGAAGAUGAUUUACAUGUGAAGUAAUAUUCUCUUGUCUAAUGCUUUAAUAAUAAUUAAUUGUAUUUUUUACUAAUUUACUUUAUAAUUACACUGAUAUAUAUAUUUUUUUUUUUUUGAAACCUGAAUUGAAUGGUUUUGCUUUUAUGAGUCUAAUUUAUUUGUUGUUUAAUUAGUUUUACUAAGUGUUGUGUAUAUUUAUAAAUAAAUAUUUAUAAAAACUUUAUUGAUUGUAUUAUUUUUAUUUUGAUAUUGUUUAUAGUUAUGUUCUGUCACAAAGUGUUAUAGUUUUGGAAUUGUAUUGUUAUGAAAAUGAAGAGAUAGAGGAGCUUGAUUGUGGGAGCUAUUUGAAAAAUAGUUAAAGAAAAAAUGAGUUAUACCUUUACUCUUGUAAGUGAGGUAUAAUAUUGUGCCUUUGAGGAAAGAGAGAAUCCAUUAAGCUUAAGUUUUGUCUAAAAUAUAAAUAUCAAACAACUAUAUAAAUAUAUUCACAUAGUUUAGAUAUCUGUAGUAAAAUGGACUAACUCAACUUUCUCUAAGUUUUUGAGAAAAAUGCAACUAAGUAUGCAGAACUAUUUAUGUGUUGUACUAUUUAUGUAUAUUUUCUCUUACGUAAUAGUAAUUUUAUUUCGCAAGUCAUACUAAUAAUUUGCAAAAUUAUUAUUGCAAAAUUUUCACUCAAAAUGAGGCGGUGUAAGAAAUUAAGUUGCACUUGUCUCUAAAAAUAUUAAUUUUUUUUUAUUAGGUAAAAAACUUCAGUGAUAAUCAUCAUGGACUAAUCAUAAUUUACUUUAUAUAGAUAAAGAAAUCAUGGCUAUUUUAUUAAUAAACAUAUCAGGCAUAUAACAUUAAUUCAUUCCAAACCUAUUCAAAAACAGUAAAUUAUUUCAAUGAAUUGUAAUAUGUUUUUUUAAAAAUUAACUGAGGUGUGUAUUCUUCCAAAUAACUUAUGAGUGCUGCAUCACUUUCUUCUGUAAGUAUGUUAAAAGAAUUUAGAUGAUUAAUAAUUUAAUGUAGAUAUUAUUAUAUAAAUAUAUUUUUAAUUUUAGAUAAUCAUGUACAUAGUUGUAGUAUAUUGCGUCUGUCAAGAUUGCAUUGUGUUUAAAAUAACUAAUAUUUUAAUAAAUGUAGUAUUCUUAAAAAUAAAUAUCAUUUUGUAAUUUUGAGUUAUGCAAAAUAUUUCAAUUUGGAAAUGGUUUUUAAGAUGGUGGUCUUUAAUUUGGUUCAUAAUUAUUAUCAAAGAAAUAUUCAUUCAAUUAUUUUGUCAGUUGAGGGAAAAUUAAUUAUUAAAUUGUUACACUACAAAUAAGAUAUUUAUUUAAAAUACAUUAUGCUAUUUGAAUUAUAUUCUCCCAGUAUAUACUUUUUGAAAUAUUAUUUCUCUUUAAAGUUAUUUUUACAUUUAAAUAUUUUGCUGUAAAUGUUUUCAGUUAUAUGUUGGAUUGUUUCUGCUCAUUCAUUGUAUGGUUUAUAUAUAAAUAUAUAUAUAUAUAUAUCAUAGCCAGUAACACUUUGCUCAGAGUAAUCAAUUAAUUACACUCAUACUUAACUAAGUAUAUUUAUAUAUAAAAGUACUAAGAGAGUAUAUGAUUUAUCCAAGUACAAUUUACCUGAAUUUACCAUAGAAGUAGUUGAUAUUUUAGGAUAUCUUUAUUUUUGAGGUACUAGAGAGUAAGAAAAACUAGUUCACCUUGUGAAAUUAACGCUGUAAAUAAAAUUUGGAAAACAUUUAAUUGAUUUGUUAUUCCUUUGUCACUAUUUACAACUACCUUUCAAGAAAAUAUAAAAAUGCUGUAUUUAAAAAACAUAGUGAUAUUUUAAUCAAAUGUAAACAU